AUGGGCAUGUCCACAAAGGCCAAUGAUCGACUGGCUGUGGCCCAUCUCUCGGGCCAGAGCAAUGAGCCGAUGAGCAGGCCUGCCCACGCGCUCUCCUUCGAACAAGUCGUUGACGAGCUCAACGCAAACAUCUUCAAUGGUUUAUCCGAGGCAGAAGCCGGCAUGCGGCUUGAAAAAUAUGGCAAAAAUGAUCUCGGAGAAGCUGAAGGUGCCCAGCCCAUCAAGAUUAUCAUCGCACAGAUCGCCAAUGCUAUGACUUUGGUCCUGAUUCUCGCCAUGGCUGUCUCUUAUGGAAUCAAGUCCUAUAUCGAAGGUGGCGUCAUAACGGCUGUCAUUCUACUCAACGUCGUCGUCGGUUUCUUCCAGGAAUACUCGGCCGAGAAGACAAUGGAUUCUUUGCGCUCUCUUUCAUCUCCAACCGCAAACAUUGUCCGGGAUGGCGAUUCCAAGGUUGUGCCCUCCGACCAGAUUGUUCCUGGUGAUCUGGUCGAAAUCAAGACGGGCGAUACAAUUCCUGCUGACCUCCGACUGAUUGAAGCAGUCAACUUUGAGACCGACGAAGCCCUCCUGACAGGCGAGUCCCUGCCAGUUCGUAAAAAUGAGGCCGCCGUCUUUGAUGAUGCCACUGGCCCCGGCGACCGUCUUAACGUUGCGUACAGCUCCUCCACCGUCACCAAAGGCCGUGCCAAGGGAAUCGUCUUUGCAACCGGUGCCUUCACAGAGAUCGGUGCCAUUGCAUCUGCCCUUCAGAAGAAAGACAGCAAGGUCCGUCCUGUUAAGCGCAAGGCUGAUGGUUCUGCCAAGCCUCACCGAUACCUUGAAGCCUAUACACUUACCUUGACCGACGCUAUCGGCCGUUUCCUUGGAGUCAAUGUCGGCACACCGCUUCAGAAGAAGCUUUCCAAGCUGGCAAUCCUUCUUUUUGGGGUUGCUAUCGUCUGUGCCAUCAUCGUGCUCGCUGCCAACAAUUUCAACUCCACGCAGGAAGUCAUCAUCUAUGCCGUCGCCACAGGCUUGUCCAUGAUCCCUGCGAGUUUGGUCGUUGUCUUAACCAUCACUAUGGCUGCGGGUACCAAGCGGAUGGUCCAGCGGAACGUCAUCGUGCGAAAUCUGAAGUCCCUCGAGGCUUUGGGUGCUGUCACCGACAUCUGCUCCGACAAGACCGGCACUCUAACCCAGGGUAAAAUGGUUGCUCGAGGUGCAUGGAUGCCUGGUAAGGGAACUUAUACUGUUGAGAACUCAUCGUCACCGUUUGAUCCCACCGUUGGUGAUAUCCGUUACGACACACGCCAACCUCACGAGAUUAGCUUCAGCCAAGGUGGUGAUGCUUGCGGCACCGUCGCUUCUGCUAAAGAGCUCCUCUCCCAGAGCAAUAUCGUCCUUACCGACUUUCUGCGUGUUGCAUCUCUUGCUAACCUUGCGACUGUCGUCCAGAAGGAUGAUGAAUGGCAUGCCCGAGGUGAUCCCACUGAGAUUGCCAUCCAGGUUUUUGCUUCUCGAUUUGACUGGAAUCGCCUACAUCUGGUCAGCAAUGAUGAGCAGAACCAGUACAGUGAGAUUGCUGAGCUACCUUUCGACUCUGAUGUCAAGCGUAUGUCUGUCAUUAUGAAAGACAAUCGCUCCGGUAAGCUGUUCGCCUUCACCAAGGGCGCAGUGGAGCGAGUUAUUGCGUCGUGCAGCACCUACUGCCCCAACGAUUCGGAUGACGUGGUCCCUCUGACCGAGGAAUUCCAGCAGGAGAUUCUUCGAAACAUGGAGACUUUUGCUGGCAUGGGGCUUCGCGUCCUGGCUCUAGCAUCCAAGCCAUACCAUCUCGACGUGAAGAAGGGGGACGAGAUCAACCGUGCUUCUGUCGAGUGUGACCUUGUUUUCCGGGGCCUGAUCGGCCUCUAUGACCCUCCUCGCCCAGAGUCCGCCCCUGCUGUUCAAGAAUGCCACAAAGCUGGCAUAACAGUUCACAUGUUGACUGGUGAUCAUCCUGAGACCGCCAAGGCCAUUGCUCUUGAUGUUGGCAUCUUGCCCUCGCGUAUGGAUAUGGUAUCCCCAGAUGUUGCAAGAGCCAUGGUCAUGACGGCUGCCCAAUUUGAUGCUCUCUCGGAUGAUGAAGUCGAUCAACUGCCCGUCCUGCCGCUGGUUGUAGCUCGAUGCGCGCCAAACACAAAGGUCCGAAUGGUCGAGGCUCUUCACCGCCGCAAGAAGUUCUGCGCUAUGACUGGUGAUGGUGUCAAUGACUCUCCUUCGCUUCGCCGUGCAGAUGUCGGUAUCGCAAUGGGCCAGUCUGGCUCUGAUGUUGCCAAGGAUGCUUCUGACAUUGUUCUCACCGAUGACAAUUUUGCCUCUAUUGUCGCUGCGAUUGAAGAAGGCCGCCGCAUCUUCGACAACAUCCAGAAGUUUGUCCUCCACGUUUUGGCUGAGAACAUCGCCCAAGCCGUCACCCUUCUCGUCGGCCUAGCGUUCAAAGACAUCUCAGGUCUCUCGAUAUUCCCCCUGACCCCUGUGGAAAUCGUAUGGAUCAUCAUGGCUACUUCAGGUAUGCCCGAUAUGGGUCUAGGCUUUGAGCGCGCUGUGCCAGGCAUUCUUGAGCGGCCUCCCCAAUCCCUGCAGACCGGCAUCUUCACGCUCGAGUUUUUCAUCGACAUGGUUGUUUACGGCCUCUGGAUUUCAGCGCUCUGCCUCAGUUCUUUCGUCCUCCGUGUCUAUGUUUGGGGCAACGGAGAGCUCGGUUAUGGCUGUAACGAAGGCUAUAAUGACAGCUGCGAGACGGUUUUCCGCGCGCGUGCAACCACGUUUGCUUGUCUGACGUGGUUUGCCCUCUUUUUGGCUUGGGAGAUGAUUGAUAAACGCCGAUCUUUCUUCCGUAUGCAGCCCGGCUCUGAUAAGUACUUUACACAGUGGAUUCACGAUAUCUGGCGUAACCAGUUCCUCUUCUGGGCUGUCAUUGUCGGUUUUGUGACUCUCUUUCCUCUGCUCUAUAUCCCUGUCAUCAACACAAAGGUCUUUAAACACAAAGGCAUUACUUGGGAAUGGGGCAUUGUGUUUAUUGCUGCCGGACUCUUCUUUGCCGGGGUCGAGGCAUGGAAAUGGUGCAAGCGUGUCUUCUACCGCCGACAGGCACGUAAGCAGCACGACGUCAGUCGGAAUGAUAUAGACCUGGAGCAGCGCAUUUUCGGUGCGUAUUUGAGUUUGUCUGUCAGUGACGGCGGCUCGCAAAAUGAUGCGAAAAUGCCUUCUCUGCAGAAGCAACUGCGUCAAUGA